GAAGACUUAACCAAAGAAUAAAAGGAGAGGCGAAUAGUCAACUAUUACCAGCUAUGGCAGUAGAGUCAAUGGUUGCUAAAAUAAAUCUCACAAUUUAUAUAUAUAUUUCUCUCUUAAAUUCUUCUGCCUCUGCACCUUCUUUCUCCUUCUCUCUCUCUCUUUUGAGUUAUUGCAUAGUUUCUUUUUUUUUUCUCAGGAAAUUCUGAAGGUUUGUUCCAAAAAGCUUGGUGAAGAGCAAUGGCACGUCCAAAUGUGCCAAAAUUUGGCAAUUGGGAAAGUGAAGACAACACUCCCUAUACUGUCUUUUUUGACAAUGCAAGGAAAACUCGUGGUGGAAAGAUGAUAAAUCCAAAUGACCCUCAAGAAAAUCCAGACAUGUUUCACAAUUUUGCUCCUAAAACUCAAAGGGAGGAACAAAAACGUCGCGUGAGUAAAGAACAUGGUGAUAUUCAACAACGUAAUGGAGCUGGUCGUGGAUCAAACUCAACUCGACCUGCUAGACAAACUGCAGGAUCUGAUCACAACAUUGCUAAAUCACCAAUUCAUCCAUAUUCUCAGCAGGCAAAGAUAUCAGGACGAGUAGCUGCUUCGCCUGCUUGGGAAGGGAAGAAUUCAUAUGAUAGUAGCCAUGGUACUACUCCUGGUAGAUCAUUUGAAAGUGCUCGUGCUACUCCCGGGAGGCAUCAACUGAAGAAAGAAAGUCAGCCUGAUAGAGGAGCUGUAGUUCCAAAAUUUGGCGGAUGGGAUGAGAAUGAUCCUCAAUCUGCAGAAAACUACUCUGAGGUUUUUAACAAAGUGCGAAAUGAAAGAAAUGAAAGGAACAGAGGCUCUGGAAAUGUGCUAGGCACACCUGGUAGAACAUCUUACAGUACCGAAAGGCAUCAACGAAACGAAAAGCAAAAGAGCUGCUGCUUUCCUUUGUGGUGAAAAAGAGGGUCCUAUUUUUCUGGUGAUAUGAAGCAAUAGUUGAUCUGUAAAUAAAUCAACAAACUCCUCUGCAAUGUUAAUCUUUUUUGUGUUAAGAGGUUUCUUAUAUUGGUGAUAAAUUUGGGCUAGUGGUUUGUUGCCUUUGUUAUGCUUUCAGCUGAUUUUUGCUAUUGUAUUGUGUACUUGUCAUUUUAAUUCACUUCUCUUUGUCUCAGUUCUGCAAAGGUAGCACUUUAAAAUAUAGUAGUGCUAUAAUACUUUUGAGGCUAUGAAUAUUUAUCUGAUUUUUAUA